AUGGUUGGAAGCAAUGGAAACCAUGCGGAUGGAGGCUGGAACUCUGGGGGUUCUCGAGGGAAAGAGGAGGAUCGACGGAGGGCUGGCGUUGCUGCUGCCUUUGGUCGCGCUGUUGUUGGCGAGAGCGUGGAAAAGUGUUGGGGGGUGGUGGCCAUGCCCGUCUACUGUGGUUUCGUCGAUUCAUCUGUUCCUCUCAAAUCAAUGCUUUCAUGA